AUGCGCAACUCUCCUUCGAUGCCAAUGGUCUCAGUGUUGGACCAAGUGAAGCUGCUCCAUAAACUUGACGCUGUUCAAUUUCAAGGCCACGACAGCCGAGGUCACCCUGUUCUCACUGUAGUGGGCAAACUCUUCCCCGCGCCGGUACUUGUAUUUAUAUAUAUUCCGCUUCCAUCCAUUCAUUCGUUGACUACUGCUGUUGAAUCAAUAAACUUGCUAGUAAUUAACAAACCAAUUGCAGGGGGGUUGGUGAGCAGGGAGGGAGUGAACAAGUAUUUGGAGGAGAAUGUAUUCCCAGAGGUAGGAGAGAGAGCAUGGUCGGUGCUGUACAUACACACUGGAGUUCAAAGAGGCCACAACUUGCUUGGAGUGUGGCCUCUCAAAUCCGUGUGCGAUGCCAUCCCGCUCCGCAUCAAACUCAAUUUGCAGGCCCUUUAUUUCCUGCACCCUGAUCUCCCCGCCAGAGUGGAGUUGCUGUGGGAGCACGUGAGAAGGGGGGAGAUGAAGAUUCCGGAGUUCGUGCAUGAUCACGACAAAGAACUUGAAUACCCUCCCUGGUUGCACUUCGACGUCGACAGGGAUCCCACUCUCUAUUAUGCUUCUCCUUUCAUGCAAACCUCCCUCCCCUUCUACUCUAUGAGGUUUAUGCCUUAG